UGUUAAGUUGGUCUAGAACAAUCUAAGAAUGAUUAAAAAAUUUACUUAAAUUCAUAUAUUUACAUAAGAAUUUUCCAUUUUUUCCAAGCGAUUGUCUUUUUUAAAUGUUUAGCUCUAUUUUAAAGUUUUAUUUCAUUGUUGGAAUGAUAUUUUUGGAUGAUUUUUUAUUAUUGAAAAGGAUUGUUAAAGAAAGAUUUGAAGAUUGUUUUAGUUAUAACAUGUGACGUUUUUGGUAAUCAUUUUGACAUGCAAAGAUUACAUCACAGGCGAAAAUACUAUGAUGAAAUAAAAAAGUAACCUUAAAUAAAAUUGUAAACUAUUUUCAUAUUUUUAACAUAACUGUUAUAAAUAUAAAAGAUGUUUAAAAUAAAUGUUAUAUGUGUAAAGUCAUGUAAGACUGUUAAUACAAUAGGGAUAUUAUUAUAUAGAUCAUAUACAUCAGAUUUUGCAUUUGUCCCAAAAUGUGAACCUGUGGAAGACAGAGAUUUGUUGAUGUUAAAGAGUUUUAUCAAUAGUCACAAUAAUAUGUGCAUAUUAACAGGAGCAGGAGUAUCCACAGAAAGUGGUAUUCCUGAUUAUAGAUCUGAAGGCGUUGGCCUUUAUGCAAGAAGCAAUCGCAGACCAGUUCUUUACAGAGACUUUUGUAACAGCGCUGAGAUUAGAAGGCGAUAUUGGGCUCGAAAUUAUAUAGGUUGGCCAAGAUUUUCUUCUGUUAAAGUAAAUAUUGUACAUGAAAUACUAAAAAAAUUAGAAGAUCAUAACAAAAUAAGAUGUAUCGUUACACAAAAUGUUGACAACUUGCACACAAAAGCAGGCAGCAAAAAAGUGAUAGAGUUACAUGGGACAGCAUUUAAAGUAAUGUGUCUCAACUGUAAUGAAAGAAUAUGUAGAUAUCAAUUGCAAGAAAUUUUAGAUAGAAUGAAUCCAAACAUGACAGGGACUAGUGAAAUGAUAAGACCCGAUGGAGAUGUGGAUAUAUCGCAAGAGCAAGUAGAAAGAUUUAAAAUUCCACCAUGUGAAAAUUGUGGUGGUGUUCUUAAGCCGGACAUGAUCUUCUUUGGGGACAAUGUCCCGCGUCAAAUUGUAGAAAGUGUCAGAUAUAAUGUCGAGCAUUCAGAUUCUCUACUAAUUUUGGGUACAACACUAACUACAUUUUCUGGCUAUCGAAUUGCGUUGCAAGCUAGCCAUGCUAAAAAGCCAAUAGCUAUAGUGAAUAUUGGAAAAACUAGAGCGGACGACCUCGCGCAAAUCAAAGUGGAAGGUAGAUGUGGCGAUAUUUUAUCGAGAAUUUACUCAAUGAUUGAUCAACAUGAGGAAUGUAUGGAAUGUUAAUUAAUAGACUGCGGAUUUUUAUGCAUUUUUAAGAAAUUUAAAAUUACAAAAAAGCAUGUAAUGCGCAAAAAUAUACAAAAUAAUUAAAGUAUAAUCUGUAUUAUUUUUAUUAUUUAUAAAAAUACCAAUUUGCAUAAAAAUUCGCAAUUCAUUGAUUAAAUAGAAGUAAUGUAAAUAGUUCUUUUCAUAUUGUUUUACAUUUUGGCUGUGAUUACUCUAGAUUAAUCUAUGUAUAAUGUACAAAUAAAACA